AGAGAACUUCGUGCGGGCCACAACGCGGACCUGGUGCUCAAACGCGACAAAUCGGACCGUGCGCUAUCAUUUGCCUAAACUCACCUCUCGAGUCUUCUUUUUCUUUUCUUUUUUAUCGUCAAUCUAUCCCCCUUCCCUUUCGAUCGGAUUUGUGUUAUCUAUUUGCCCCCAUCCCCCUCAACUUUGUCAAAGUGCAAUAAAGUCGUCGAGUAAUCGUUCAAUCAGCUGUGUGAGGGGAAAAAUUUACGUGAAAAAAGUGUCUAUUCUAUCGCCACCUCGCAAGAAGUGGUGGCACCCCGUUGUUUGUGAUGUUCUAUUUUUAACAGACACAACAAAAAUUUUGGUGUGAUUUAGAAUUUUCAUUGUCUGCGCGUGGAAAACUGCAGUGGCGAACGAGAGAGAGAGAGCAGAAGGAAGAAAAAGUGUGCCGAGUGCAGCGUUGAAAGUUUACUCACUUCUAGUGGAGCGUUCCAAUUGAAAUAAAGCACCAACCUACUAGCCAAGUGAUGUUCUACAAAUCAACGACAACAGCGCAGUACUAAAGUGCUACUAGUGAUGUGUAGUCGAGUUAGUCGCUCGGCGUAGAAGGUGAUGUUCGCGAGUUGUUUUGCGCCGAGCUUCCUUCCGACGAUCCGGGCCAAGUUCAGAAGCCGACCGGCGAGAUUUGUGCUGUAGUGUCAGACACCAAUUGAAACCAAUUACCAACCAAGUGCGAGUCAGUCGUCUCAGUCAGGCUGAGCGAAAUUAACAGCAAUACAAAAAAAUCACCUUAGUUCAAGUGCAAAUUUACCCCCGAACCAAACUCAUCAUCAUCAUCGAAAACCAUCGAAUCCAAUCGACCACUUAGGGCAUCGUAGGCACGGUGGAUUAAAUGGAUAGCCCGCGUGGCCACCGACGACGACGACGACUUCCAGCAGCAACGCCGCGGGGGCCAGUCUUCUAGAUGAAAGGACUCAACCGGACCAAAUGUCGCAUCGCUAGGCGCUUGUUUUUGUUUUUCGCCACCCUCUCGAUCAUCCCGUUUACGGUGCUCUACCUGGUCACCUCGGACCACCUAUACCGAUUCCGAGCGGCGUACAAUUACGCUACCAGCAGCACUAAUGGCUCCCGGCAUCAGCUCCAGUUCCACCCGGUGCACCAUCCGCCCCCGGGAAUCCUGCAGCAUGGCAAUGGCCACCAGCAGCAGCAGCAGCACAAAAGGCACGAUCUGCUGCAACAGCAAAAGGCCGCCAAGAAUGGCACGAAUAGCAACCAAUAUUUGAUAGAUAUGGAGUACAUGAAGCACCGGAUGGAGAACCGGGUGGCACGACUGAACGAAAAGUGCGCCGAAUAUAGACUGAACGAGCCAAAACAAAACUACAAGCCCAAAGCGUGGGAGUAUCUGAUCAACCGCGACUACCACCUGGUGUGGUGCAACGUGUUCAAGGCGGCGAGCACCUCGUGGAUGUACAACUUUAACCUGCUGGCCGGCUACUCGCCCGAGUUCCUCAGAAAGACCAAAGAUGUGCCGUUGCAGCUGGCGCGCCAAAAGUAUCCGCGGCCAUCGGUCGAUGCGCUCCGCGAAGCGAUCAACGGAUCCAUCUCCUUCAUCAUCGUGCGUCACCCCUUUGAGCGACUGGUCAGCGCCUACAAGGACAAGAUCCAGUACGCAUUGCCGAACUCCCACCACCAAAAGCUGGGCAUCCGUAUCAUCCAAAAGUACCGAAAGGUAGCCAAAGGACAGCCCUGGAACACCCAAAAGUAUCCGACGUUCGCCGAGUUUGUCAACUACAUGCUGGACGAGGUCCGGCAUCCGCACUUCGAGAUCGACAUGCACUGGAUCCCGGUGACGUACUUCUGUACGCCCUGCUUCUUCCACUACGACGUGAUCGCCAAGUUCGAAACGCUCGAGGAGGACCAAAACUAUCUGAUCUCGGUCGGCCAGCUCGGCAACAUGAUCAAACCGCAGUGGAAGAACGCCGGCAAGGGGGCGCACACGAAUGACGUCGUGCUGAAGCUUUUCGGCGAGCUCGAGGACGAGCAGGUGCGCGGGCUGUACGAGUACUACAAAUUUGACUUUGAGCUGUUUGGGUACGGGGUGGAGGAUUACCUGAAGGGACGCAGCCCUCCGGGUGGACACUAGCGGCAACGGAGCAGAAACUUUGUCAAAUUACCAAAUUUAGUAGUGAGAAUAAGUCAAAUCGAGGGAUAGAAAAGUGACCAAGUAGAGAGAACGAUACGCAGAAACAAAAAAAAAAUGCUGCUGUUUUAAGCACACUUAUCUUUAUUGUAGACAACUAAACAAUGCUGAACAAAUUAUAUUCAACCAACGCGACUUUUUCUUAGUGGAUCAACGCAUAUUUUUAUAUCGCGAGCGAAAAAAACAUCAACUUUAGACGUCCAGUAGAAUGUAGGUAAAAUAAAUUUGAAAUUUAUUCACGGAAAUGACUACUAGAUUUACGUAAAAGCAACUGUAGAAAUAUUGUUUGUUGAAUAGUUUAAGGGUUUAGUUCCUAGGUUGAAAUCUCUAUUUGCAGACGAAUAUUCUACUAACGCAGAGUGCAAUCAUUCCAAAUACCAAGUUGAAGCAAAAGUGUUUUGCGUUUUGAAGAAAAACACCAAAGGAAAUACUUUUGCUUAGUUGAGGAUCAAUCAUAUCGUCCUAAGUCUAAAAAUUAGUUGCAUAUCAUUGAAGUUGUUACUGCAGAUUGGGGUUGAUUAAAUCACUAAGCACAAAAAAUCUUUGUUUCUACUAGUGAUUAAAUCUUGUUACCAAUCAGUUCACCCUAGAAUUUUUCUUAUGUUUCACUAAACAUUACAAACCAAAAAUUAUUUUUUAAAGCUGACCAUCUAAAUGGGUUAAAUGCUGUUGAUUUCAUUUGCUUCAUCACUAGUCAAUAAUAAUAGGCAGUAGCUAAAAUUUCGAACUUUGCUUGUAAAACAACGUUCUAGUACUUGAAAAAAUCUCUUCCAAAUGAAUGCGUUGCAGCUAAAAAUGUUGGCAAUGAUUUUUACUUUGUAAACAAUAAAAAAGUAGAUCGAAAUUUGAAUAAAGCAUAAAUACCAACAAGAAAAUCCUUGAGAUAAUAAAUUGUGAUGGAUAGCAAAAGAUAUCAAUUAUGGAAAACAACAUGAAACUAAUUUUAGUAACUAAAAAUAUUUAAA